AUGGCUUCCUCCAUUGAGUGUGGCACAUCACAUGAGGAUCACGGCGGCCAGCACGAUUAUCUAGAACGUCGAUUGUCCACCGAUAAUCUAUUGGCACACCAUGACCCCGUGGCUCCCACGGGCGUUCCUAAACCGGUCGCGCGCUGUGAAAGAUGGUUGCUAUACAUGGCGGCGUCCAGCGCGUUGUUAUGCAUGUUCACCAUCAACUUCGAUCUGCUCUUCCUCUCGACCAACUACGGCAAGAGAAUCGCCUCCGAUCUUCAUCAACUGAGUAAUGCGGUGUGGAUCAUUCUGGUUGGCUCUAUCACGGAGACCUCCUCUCAGCCAGUUAUGGUCGGCGACAUUUCAGGGGGUCCUCUGGGAUCUGCCAUCGCCGACUCAUCUGGUUGGCAAUCGGUAUUCCGCACCGAGGCGCUGGUAAUGCUAUGCGGCCUUAUCGCGGCAUCUUACACGCUCAAGAGCUAUCAGGAUGAGACCGUCGACCCUGAAAAGCCUCGUCUCGACCCCGUGCAAUCAUUACUCCUGUUUGCUGCCAUCGCGUUGCCCCUAUUCGCUUUGAACCUGGGUGGUGUGAUAGUCCCAUGGGAUCAUCCCGCCGUUGUAACACUGUUUGUCUGCAUCCCGUUUGCGCUGGGCGGAUUGCUCCUAGCGAGUGCGCGCUCCUCGACAGCCUCCUUUAUACCUCGCGUACGGCGGAACCGCUCCUUCAUAUUGGCUAACUUUGCUACGACUCUAUUCGUUGUGUAUGCCUUCAAUGCGCUCACGUAUAAUAUGGCAGUGUACAUCGAGGCGCGAUCAUUUGACAACCCAUCCAAAUUUGGCGACUGGGCAUUGUCGUGCAUUUUUCUGUCAAGGCCUUUCGGGGCUUCGAUAGCUGGCUUGCUCAUCAAGCGAUAUCGAUCCCCGUGGACUUUACUAAGAUGCAACAUGGCCUUAUACUUUCUCUUAUACCUGCUAGUUGCUACGGGACUGAUUCCUCUGGAGAAUCCCGCCACGGCUCCAUAUCUUUUAUUGAUAGGACUGAGUAUCGGUGCCUUCGAAAGCUGCCUUAUCGUCUCACUAUUUUCUGCAGUCCUGAAAAAGGAUCAAUCUUCUUUCCUAGCUAUAUUCAACGUGGUUGUUGCUUUUGCCGGAGACGUCGGCGUCGGCGUUUCCCUAGCUUUGACUAAGAACUUCAUUAGGAACGGCCUUUACCGCGAGUUGGCGGGCACCCCCAACUACGAAGAGAUCAUAUCGAAAGCCCUGCAAAGUUUAGACUCCAUCCGCAACAUACCUCGUACGGAGCAAGUCAAGAUCAUCGCCGUGUAUAUCGGUUCCAUUGAGAAAGUCCUCGCAAUAUCUUGUGUAACACUCGUUAUCGGUCUCGUAGCGACAAUCCCAAAACACGUAGUAGUAAGCCAGGAAGAGGAUGAGCCGGAACGAAGCGAACAAGAAUACACCGAGUAA